GGCUCUGGGACAGCGGAGCAGCCACUCCGAGGAACGGGCCGGAUCCCUGCAGGCUGGCGGCGGGGCAGUUGCUGCCGGGCUCCCUAGAUAGUUAGGGAGCCGCCGCCGGGGACGCGGGACGCAACAGGGGCGGCGCGGAGCAGGUGGCUGUGCUGCGGGGCCUUCGCUGGAGACACCCGCCUGCAGCGAGGGUGCAGUGCCUACAGCUCAAAGCCCAUCCCGUUUUGAGAAGUGAACAUUUUGACGCCGUUCCACUUGUGAAGCCAUAUGGCCUAAUGAUUAGCAUUUGAGAUUUUGACAAAGAGAAUUCAGUCAGAUUUAAAACCUCAAAACUACUCCAAAGAAGGAGAGCAUUAAGUUUUCAGAAGGAAUUUUCAUUUGAGGAUAAAGAAGAACUUGCUAAUAGCACAAAGGACAUUGAUGCUAAUCUUUUAGCAGUGCUUCCAAAAGUUUCAGAAUUAAGAAAACUCUUUGAACCAAACAAGCAAAAUAUUUUGGAAAUGAAAAGGAAAGAGAGGAUCGCCAGACGUUUAGAGGGAAUUGAAAAUGAUACACAGCCCAUCCUCCUACAAAAUUGUCCUGGAUUAGUUACCCACCGUUUACUAGAAGAAGAUACACCAAGAUAUAUGCGUGCAACAGACCCAUAUAGUCCCCACUUUGGAAGAUCAAAUGAAGAAGAGGAAACUUCAGAUUCUUCUGUAGAAAAACAACCUAGGUCAUCCAGGUAUCGAGCAGAACCUACAGGAGCACAUUCAGAGCCUACGUAUAGCACAGGAGCCAUGGAUACCCAGGGACUUGAGUCAAAAGCAGAAAGAAUAGCUAGGUACAAGGCAGAGAGGAGACGCCAGCUAGCAGAAAAAUAUGGAUUGCCUUUAGAAUCUGAGGGAGAUUCUGAAUAUUUAUCCAGAUAUACCAGGGCAAGAAAAGAUCCUGAUGCUGGGGAAAAAAAAGAAGUAAAGAGCGACAAGCAGGAGGAUGAAAGCAAGGAGUAUAGUUCCCUGUACUCCUCCAUGUCUGAGAAUAAGGAGUCAUGGACUACUGCUUCUGAAUCAAAGGAAUAUUCCUUCCAUGAAAAAGACAGCAUUCCAGAUAGAGAGGAGCUUUCAAACUCGGAGAAUAAAAGAGCACAGGAUGUUAGUGCUCCUGGACAGGCUCAGGACUUGUCAUCAGAAGUGGAUGGUUCUGCAUCCUUUUCAUAUUCUGAACAAGAAUCCUCCUUUAAGGAAGUGCCAGUGUCACCAAAGCAAACUUGCAUGUUAUCCCUUUCCUCACCAAAGCAGCCAGUUUCACCAAGUCAUUCACAUAAUGACCAGCCCUUGUAUAGUGACACCAGACACGGUAGUACAGGGAAAGCAAAACCUGAAUGGUUUCUUCAGAAAGAUUCAGAAGGGGACACACCUUCACUUAUCAGCUGGCCCUCCAGAGUAAAAGUUAGAGAGAAACUGGUGAAAGAGGAAAGUGCUCAUGGAAGCCCUGAACUUGUCACAGACCCUGUAUCUCAGAAAAAAUCUCAUCCAGUGCCAGUUGAUUACAUGCCUCUUCAGUCAGAAACUUCUUCCUUUGAUAGGGUUGCCAGCCAGACACUCAGUUCAGUCUGCCAACCGAUACAUGGAUAUAUUCAGCCUGCUGGUGUUGCUCAUACUGCCAAACUGAUGGCAACAGAAGACCCAGAAAAUAUCUCAAUUAGCAGCCUCUUAAUAUCAGACAAUGCCGGCGUCAUGACAAAAUCCCCACCAGCCACUGCACUGGAAAAGGAAAAAAGUAACAUGCUUCAAAAUUAUGGCUCAAAGCCUGACGAAUGUCCUUUGGGGACAGAACAACUUUUGAAAAACAGAAAACCAAUUUUGCCAUCUGAGGUUCUCAGGCAAGGGAAGAGCAAUGAAGACCAUUUUAGAGCAAGUGAAUUUGACAAGGCUACUGUUCCCUCAUCUCUUAUAAGCAAGCCAAAGGCUAACUCAUCAGAGCUUCAGAAAGAGCUAGAGUGCACUAAGCACCAGGUGCCUGAACCCCUGUUUAAGACUCGUGAGAACACUGAAAGGAGUGAGACAGUUAUGUACAUACAAAGUGGAUCCAUAUCACAUUCUGCUAAGGCGAAAGGUCAAGCUCAGGAAGUGUCUACGAUGAAGCAUAAACUCCUGACUCGCUCAAUGUCUGAUUAUACUGGUUCUCCUAAGCCAGAGGCUUUAAAAAGUAAGGAAACUGUUACGAGAAAGGAGAUGGCGUUCCAGAGUGCUGAAGCAAAUGUGCCCAAUGGUGAGAUUGGCAUGGUUGACACAAAAGUCUCUGUUGCUCAACUCCGUAAUGCCUUUCUGGAAACUAUCAAUGUCCACAAGAAAACUGAACUUGAAUCUCGAUUUGAGAUGUCAACAUCAGGUACUGAUUUGUCUGCCAAUACUGAACCUGAAAGAGUGUCACGAAGGCCAAGGCGCUAUUUUUCUCCUGGUGAAAGUAGGAAAACUUCUGAGAGAUUUAGAACUCAACCAAUCACUUCAGCAGAGCGAAAGGAAACUGAUAGGUCCACUCUGAGUCCAGAAAUGCCAGCUGCUGAGGAUGAAGAAAAACUGGAUGAACGAGCCAAGCUGAGUGUUGCUGCAAAGAGGCUGCUUUUCAGGGAAAUGGAAAAAUCAUUUGAAGGAAAAAAUAUUCCUAAACCACGUUCAAGAAAUUCAGCAAUAGAGAGAAGAUUGCGGCGUAUGCAGGAUAGAUCACGCACCCAACCAGUUACUACCGAAGAGGUGGUCAUUGCGGCUACUUUACAGGCAUCCGCGCACCAAAAGACUUUAGCUAAAGAAGAAAUCAAAGAAGCAGUCGAGCAAGAUCAGUCUGGCGAGCCAGACUCCUCCACCCUCAGCUUAGCAGAAAAGAUGGCCUUGUUUAAUAAAUUGGCUCAACCAGUAUCGAAGACCAUCUCUCCACGGAGCAGAGGGGACAUUAGACAUAGGCGAAUGAACGCUCGUUACCAGACACAGCCAGUCACGCUUGGAGAAGUUGAGCAGGUACAAAAUGAAAGUGGAAAAAUUACUCUCUUGUCACCUACUGUUGUAACAUCAGUGUCAACUAUGGCGUCUGUGAUUUCUCCAAUGUAUGCUGGGGAUCUGCGUGCAAAGUCAACAGUUGAUGAAAGUGUAAGUGCUACCAGUAAACCAGAUUUGAGAGUCCACUCUUCAGUAGAAAAUGCAGACACUCCAGUAAAAGGCAUACUGAAAACAGAACAUUGGCAGCCGUCAGUGGAAGUAAUGGAAAGCAAACGAGCAUCGAGGGAGCAUGAAGAGGGAGAGACAAACAGAUUCUUAGCAUAUGAAGAUAAUGAUGUCAAAAAGUACAGUUCUUUUGAAGAAGUAACCACACAUCCUGUUCUUAGUAAAACAGAGGACUACCACAAAGAGACAAAAUACACUUUCCCAAGAAAGAGCAGUAUGGAAUUGUUUACCCAACAAGGACUUUUACAGCCUGCGGAACAGAAGGAAUUUGUUUCUGAUACUGUCCUGCAGGGUAAACAGGAAGUCAAAGAAGGACUGUUCUUGGAGGAAAAAAUGGAGUUGGAGAGUGUCUUGAAAAGCAAGACCUUGCUGAGAGACCAUGUUGAGCCUACUUCUGAACUUGGCACGACGGCAACACAGGCAGUAACGGUGGUAUCCUAUAGACAGCAGGAGGCUUCUGAACAACUAGAGGAAAAAUUCUAUAAGAACCCCUGUGAGCUGUUUGCUGCUGGAGACAACAAAACAGAAACAACCGAGGACACCCUGGACGCACCCAGCAAAACACUGUCAAUUAAAGAACGGCUGGCGCUGUUGAAGAAGAGUGGUGAAGAAAGCUGGAAAAGCAGGCUUAACAAAAAGCAGGAGUAUGGGAAGGUGUCCAUCACUGAGCGUAGCACACAACUGCAAGAAGCUGAGCAGUUGUUCAAGAAGAAGGAAGAAGGAGGAAUUACAGAUGAUAAUACCGUGUCUAAUCAGCUUUGGGAACCUGUCUAUGCUUCUACUUAUUCUCCUGCUAUACCUGUUGCCCAUAAAUUUCAUCCUUUUGUACCUAUUCAUCAGGUCAGUAGUUCUAGUUUGAAAGAAUCAAGCCCCCUGGUCUUUGAUGAACGGCAUCCUUGGAGAUGGAAGCAGAAAGUGGCAGAUAGCCAUGAGAGUCAAAUGAGUAUUGAAGAAAGAAAACACCUGAUUACUGUUCGGGAAGAAGCCUGGAAGACAAAGGGUAAAGGAGCAGCCAAUGACUCUACCCAAUUCACUGUAGCUGGCCGAAUGGUAAAAAAAGGCUUGGCAUCACCUACUGCCAUAACUCCAGUGGCAUCCCCUUUCUGUAACAGGCUGAAGUCUACCACUCCAGUUUCAAAGCCUCUGGAAGAAAUAGAAGCCAGGCCUGAUAUGCAAUUAGAAUCAGACAUGAAGCUAGACAAGCUGGAAACAUUCUUGGGAAGGCUGAAUAACAAAGUUGGUGGGAUGCAAGAAACCGUGCUAACGGUCACAGGAAAAUCGGUGAAAGAGGUGAUGAAGCUGGACGAUGAUGAAACCUUUUCCAAAUUUUACCGUCACAUGGAUUGCCCAACUUCCACAGUGCCUUUGGAGCUUGAUGAGGACUUUGAUGCCAUCUUUGAUCCUUAUGCACCAAAGUUAACUUCUUCUGUAGCAGAGCACAAACGUGCCGUGAGACCUAUGCGCAGAGCUCAGGCUUCAAGGAACCCCCUGAAAUUGCUGGCUGCACGAGAGGACAUUCUUCAUGAAUACACCGAACAAAGAUUAAAUAUUGCCUUCAUGGAGUCAAAGCGAAUGAAAGUAGAAAAAAUGUCUACAAACUCAAAUUUCUCAGAAGUAGCACUUGCUGGUUUAGCAAGCAAAGAAAACUUCAGCAGCGUCAGUUUACGAAGUGUCAAUCUAACUGAACAAAACUCCAACAACAGUGCUGUGCCAUACAAGAAACUGAUGCUGUUGCAAAUUAAAGGAAGAAGACAUGUUCAAACAAGAUUAGUUGAACCAAGGGCUUCAUCACUGAACAGUGGUGACUGUUUCCUGUUGUUAACUCCACAUUACUGUUUCCUUUGGGUAGGAGAGUUUGCAAACGUCAUAGAAAAAGCUAAGGCAUCAGAACUUGCAACUUUAAUUCAGACAAAGAGGGAACUCGGCUGUAGAGCUUCUUAUGUACAGACCAUAGAAGAAGGGAUAAAUACCCAUACUCAUGCUGCCAAAGACUUCUGGAAACUCCUCGGUGGCCAGACAAGUUACCAGUCUGCUGGAAACCCCGAGGAAGAUGAAAUGUACGAAGCUGCAAUAAUAGAAACAAAUUGCAUCUAUCGUUUAGUAGAUGAUAAACUUAUUCCUGAUGAUGACUACUGGGGGAAAAUGCCAAGAUGUACUCUGCUACAGUCCAAAGAGGUUCUGGUUUUUGAUUUCGGCAGCGAAGUAUAUGUGUGGCAUGGGAAAGAAGUCACAUUAGCACAGAGAAAAGUAGCAUUCCAGCUGGCCAAACAUUUGUGGAAUGGAACAUUUGACUACGCCAAUUGUGACAUAAAUCCUCUAGACCCUGGAGAGUGCAAUCCCCUUAUACCAAGAAAAGGACAAGGGCGUCCUGACUGGGCUAUCUUUGGCAGACUCACAGAACAUAAUGAGACCAUAUUGUUCAAAGAAAAAUUUCUUGAUUGGACAGAAUUGAAGAAACACAAUGAGAAGAACUCGAGUGAAUCUCUUCACCAGAAGGAAGACUCCAGGUCUGACUUUAAACCAUAUGAUGUCAUGCUAAUGGUACCGGUGCCCCAAACUACGGUUGGCACAGUCUUGGAUGGAAUAAAUAUUGGCCGUGGCUAUGGAUUUAUUGAAGGAGAAGAUGGGAGGCAGUUUGAAAUUAUCACUGCCUCCGUGGAUGUCUGGCACAUCCUGGAAUUUGAUUACAGUAGGCUGCCUAAACAAAGCAUUGGACAGUUCCAUGAGGGAGACACGUAUGUGGUUAAAUGGAAGUACAUGGUGAGCACUGCAGUUGGAAGCAGACAAAAGGGAGAACAGCAAGGAAGGGCUGUUGGAAAAGAGAAGUGUGUGUACUUCUUUUGGCAAGGCAGGCACUCCACAGUGAGCGAGAAGGGCACAUCAGCACUGAUGACUGUGGAGCUUGAUGAAGAGAGAGGAGCACAGGUACAAGUGCUUCAAGGAAAAGAACCACCAUGCUUUCUGCAGUGCUUCCAGGGAGGGAUGGUUGUGCAUGCUGGAAGAAGGGAAGAGGAAGAAGAAAAUACACAAAGUGACUGGAGGCUGUACUGUGUACGAGGAGAAGUUUCCAUUGAAGGAAAUUUACUUGAAGUAGCAUGUCACUGCAGCAGCCUAAGGUCCAGGACGUCUAUGAUUGUCCUCAAUAUAAAUAAAGCCCUUAUCUAUCUGUGGCAUGGCUGCAAAGCACAGUCUCACACAAAGGAUGUAGGAAGAACAGCAGCGAAUAAAAUAAAAGAACAAUGUCCAUUGGAAGCUGGAUUGCACAGCAGCAGCAAGGUGACAAUACAUGAAUGUGAUGAAGGGUCAGAGCCAUUGGGAUUCUGGGAUGCAUUAGGAAGGAGAGAUCGAAAAGCCUAUGAUUGCAUGUUGCAAGAUCCUGGAAAGUUUAACUUCACCCCCCGCCUGUUCAUCCUCAGCAGUUCAUCAGGAGACUUCUCAGCCACUGAAUAUAUAUAUCCUGCAAGAGAUCCCACUGUUGUCAAUUCCAUGCCAUUUCUGCAGGAGGAUCUCUACACUGCCCCACAGCCAGCACUCUUCCUUGUUGACAAUCACCAUGAAGUGUAUCUUUGGCAAGGCUGGUGGCCUGUAGAGAACAAAAUAACUGGAUCAGCUCGAAUCCGAUGGGCUACAGACAGGAAAUGUGCCAUGGAGACAGUACUCCAAUACUGCAGAGGAAAAAAUGUAAAGAAACCUCCGAAAUCCUACCUAAUUCAUGCUGGUCUUGAACCCCUGACGUUCACCAAUAUGUUCCCUAGCUGGGAACACAGAGAAGACAUAGCCGAGAUCACAGAAAUGGAUGCUGAAGUUUCUAAUCAGAUAAUCCUUGUAGAGGACGUGUUAGCCAAGCUGUGCAAAACUGUGUAUCCACUAGCAGAUCUUUUAGCAAGGCCUCUACCUGAGGGAGCUGAUCCACUGAAACUUGAAAUUUAUCUUUCAGAUGAAGACUUUGAGGUCGCCUUAGAGAUGACAAGAGACGAGUACAAUGCACUGCCCUCUUGGAAGCAGGUUAAUGUGAAAAAGGCAAAAGGACUUUUCUAAGUAAUGUUAUCGCUUAGUGAUAGUACCAGAGGGAUCUGUAUUGUCACUUUCAACACCUUGGAAUUAGCAAAAUGAAUUGCUCUGGAUUAGUGUUCAAAAAAGAAAUUAGAGAUGAUCUUAAAUUUUUAGAUACUGCCUGAUCUUGAGUUGUGUAAUAUUGUAAAUGUGCGAGAGAACUCUUUGGAAGCUUUGUUCAACUCCAAGGGUAAUGUGUUUAAACUUUGCUCUCCUGUGCACUUAAACAGUAGUUUCUCAAGCUACUACUGCAACAAUCCUUUGGCUAUAUAUAGGACUUGCCAUGUGUUUUUUGAAGAUGUUCUCUUUGUAAAGUGUUAUUUUGUUUUUGUGGAUUACAAAGAAUUUAUAUUUAUAUAAACACAUAGAACAAGUAUGUAUUUAACAAUGCAAUAUGUAUUCACUUUCAAGACUUUCAUGUAAAAAAAAAAUUCUCUAUACAGAAAGGUAGUUGGAUGGCAGUUGCUUAUACUGAAUUAGCUAUACCACCCAUAUAUAUCUUAUGCAUUCUGAAAAGUUUCUCUGCAAUAGGUAAUGAAUUGUUCUCAAUGCUGCUUCAGGUGCUAAACUGAACAAAGCAUUUGUAUUUAUGGCAUGGGUUUCUUUAGAAACUCUGCAAAUCAACCUUUAUAUUUCAAUAUCCAAAAAUGUAUAGUGCCUUGUUUUUGUGUACAGUUUAUAUACAAAAAAGAUUGGUCUGCAUUUUGAAGAUGGUUUAGAACGGUCUCCUAUAUUACUUUUAUAAUAGUAGAAAUAAAAACAUCUCAGUUUCUAAUACAUGUUGUAAAGAUUAAACGUCUUUCAUUAUAUAAGAGCUUAAAGUAAAAGCUUCAGAAUAAACUCAGUGAUGCUCUGACUAGUCAUUCUUUACACAUAUACCCUAUGCUAUCAUCGAGAAACGUUCCAUAACACUGUAUUUACAUUUGAACGAUUUGUAACCUGAGGCAUUUAGAGGAUUUUACAGUGUUAUGAUUUCAGAGUGGCAGAUAACACAGAGAAAUUUAUGAUUAUACAAAGAUAAAAUUAGACUGUACAACAGUCUUAACUAGUGCUACCUCUUGAAACAAUUAUAGAACUAUUGAAUUCUUUUCAAUUGCCCCUUUUUUAUACUUGAUGUAAAAUGUUUGGCCAAUUGAAAACCUACCAAGAAUAUGAAUGAUGGUGAGUAAAGCUCUUGAAACAAAAUUAACAUGGUAUUGAAUAUUAACUGUAUUUUCCUUCUCAAAGAAAGUGGUAGAACUGAAAAUGUGGCCAUUUGCAUUAGUAUUGGGCAAGCAACUGUUUAAUCAGAUGUCAGAUUCUGUCAUUGCUUGAAACUUUAUUUUCAGGUAGUUGUUAUCUCUGACCUUGAAUUUCUGUAAGGAUUGCUACUGUUACCUUUGCAAUAUCAUUGUACCUUUCAAAUACUACCUGUAAACCCAGAAAACUUGCCUUGUAGACUGAGGCUACUGGAAAUCUCCUUUCUACUUAUAACACCUUUGUUACCUAUCAGUGCCAAGUGACUUUGUAUUUUUGAUAAUUUGCUGCUCUUGACCUGACUGUGACCACAGGGAAAUAAAGUGGAUCAUGAGUGUA